AAUUUUGGCUACAUUUCUUCAGGAUUUGAGAAUGCAAUGAUAAGUGGAAAAGUGAAACUGCAAGAAGAAGUCCUGAGGUAUUUUUGGGAGUGUGCAGAUGGAGCUGGGCACCAGUGAGAAAGAGGCUACUGGCCAGGUGCCAGAGACCCGCGGCCGUCUGGUGGUGCUCUAUGGUAGCCAAACAGGCACAGCUGAAGAUCUGGCCGAGCGCAUUGGACGCGAGGCAAAACGCCUGUUGUUCGAGUGCGAGGUAUGCGCCCUGGACGAGUACCGCACGCCGGCGCUGCUGCACGAGCGGCUGGCGCUCUUCGUCGUAGCCACCACCGGCCAGGGCGACGUGCCCGACAACAUGGCCUCCACCUGGCGCCUGCUGCUGCGCAAGAGCCUGCCGGCCGACUCUCUGCGCGCGCUGCGCUUCGGCGUGGUGGCACUGGGCGACUCGUCCUACGCCAAGUUCAACUUCGUCGGCAAGCGGCUGCACCGGCGGCUUCUGCAGCUGGGCGCGGCGCCACUGCUGGCGCCGGCGCUCGGCGACGACCAGCACGACCUGGGGCCGGACGCUGCCGUCGACCCGUGGCUGACGCAGCUCUGGCGCCAGCUAGACGCGCUCUGCCCGCUGCCGGCGGGGCGGCAGCCGCUGCCGGCCGACCGCCGGCCCGCGCCGCGCUUCACGGUCACGCACGUGGACGAGAACGGUGGUGAGCACGAGGCUCUGAAUGGCGUGGCGCCGGAGGAGGAGGAGGAGGAGGAGAAGGGGGAGGCGGCGACGGCUGACGGCCUGUUCGUGGGUCGGGUCCGCUGGAACCGGCGCGUCACGCCCGAGGACCACUUCCAGGAGGUGCGCCUCAUCAGCCUGGACGUGGCCGGCUCGGGCGCCACCUACCGGCCGGGCGACGUGGUCACCGUCCAGCCGGAGAACCUGCCGGAGGAGGUGGACCAGCUGCUGGCGCUGCUGGAGUGGCCGCCGGACCGGCUGGUGCUGGUGGACGGGCCGCGCGCGCCGCGCCUGCCGCGCCCCUGCUCGCUGCGGCACCUGGCCACGCACCUGCUCGACAUCCACGCCGUGCCGCGCCGCUCUUUCUUCGAGCUGCUGGCGCACUUCGCCGCAAAUGAGAUGGAGCGCGAGAAAUUCGCCGAAUUCGCCUCGGCCGCCGGCCAGCAGGAGCUGUUCGACUACUGCAACCGGCCGCGGCGCACGGCGCUCGAGGUCCUGGCCGACUUCCCGGCCACGGCGCGCCGGCUGCCGCUGGAGUACCUGCUGGACAUGGUGCCGGCCGUCCGGCCGCGUUCCUUCAGCAUCGCCUCCUCGCAGAAGGUCUGCCCGGAUGAGAUCCAGAUUCUGGUGGCUGUGGUGCGGUACAGGAGCCGGCUUGCCAGCCCCCGCGUGGGGCUGUGCUCCACCUGGCUGUCCCGCCUGACGCCCGGUCAGCCGGUCACUCUGGCCGUCAAGCCGGGCACGCUGCGCUUCCCCCAGGAGCCGGAGCGGCCGGUGCUGAUGAUCGGACCGGGCACGGGCGUGGCGCCGUUCCACAGCUACAUCAGCGAGCAGGCGACGUCCGACCGGCCGCGGCCGCUCUGCCUCUUCUUCGGCUGUCGCCACCGGGCGGCCGACCUCUUCUUCGGCGACGAGUGGCGUCGUCUGGUGGACGCCGGUCGGCUUCAGCUGCACUGCGCCUUCUCUCGUGACCAGGAGGACAAAGUGUACGUGCAGCACCGGCUGCGACAGCAGGCGGCGCUGGUGUGGCGGCUGGUGGACGCAGGUGGCGCCACCGUCUGCGUGGCGGGCAGCGCUCGCCGCAUGCCGCAGGACGUGGCCGAGGCGCUGGUCGACGUGUUCAGGGAGCAGGGCGGACUGACGACCGAGCAGGCGGAGGCGUACCUGCAGCGGCUAGAGCGCGAGGGACGCUACCAGACCGAGACCUGGUCCUGAGGGACCAGCGGCGGCGGCAGCGGGGGCCAUGACUGGUCGACGCUCUGCAUGCUGGGCGGCGCAGAACUGCGCGCCGCCCGCUAGUAGUGAAAUAUGGCUAUCCGCGGGGCCAACCCUGCGUUCGUCCUUUACCAACUGUGCACGAAUACACGCAGAACGGCGUAGACUGUAGAGCUGUUCGCAGAGACGUUGGUGUCGGCCCAGCUGAGUAUCCCAAGUAAUAACGGUGCGACCGAGGUAGUGAUUUGUUCAGUAGCUCAGUGAUUCUCUGAAUCCGUGUCGCACUCUGUGCCCAUUCGGUGCUGCUGGGCGCUCUUAGCACGAUGUGCGUGACGGGAAUGUAUAUUACAUGCACAACCACCGCUGCUUCUUUGAAUUGUAGUUGCAUGAUCUUUGACGAUCUUUUUAGCACCGCACCGCAUGUGAUUUCACGCAGUAUUUUUUCUUUUAUUCUUUUGAAUCUACGAAUUAAAUAUGGUAACGAAAAAAUGGCAGCUGCGUGGCCUUUGGCUAUGAAUUAGCAUUGUUCUACAUAGGAUUUCCCCGCAGUUAAUUUGUAUGUUAAGAUUUACCCCGUACGUUUACUUGAUUGACUCCUGGUACCAGCACCCGCCCCAAGCAGCGCUGUUGCGUGAGGACCGAACCUGCCAUCCGAUCGUGAAAUUCUGGGUCAAAGACAAUUCGGCGGCGAAAGCUUAACGCAUAGCAAUGAUCGGCACGUGCGUGCGCCCUGCGUUCCAAUGUCACGUGACCAUGAACGCGACCGUCGGCACCAUCCGCAGGCCAUCCUGGUCAGGGAUAACCAGCGAGUGCCUGAGCGAAUUUAGUCCUAUCACCGCCACGGAUUGGUAAAUUGAUGGGCAGGCUCUCUAAUUGACUGAACUAUCGGGACGGGCAGGAUUUUGCUUGCAUUGCGGAAUUGCAUUGCGGCUGUGUAAAAAGUGAGACCAAAGGUAAUUUGAACUAUGGUCUCACUUUUUGUGGACUUCACGGGUGUUGUGUACGAACGUUGUCAAGCAGGGUGGAAUGCAGGCCGUGUCAUAUCCCCCAGCUCUGGAUAGUAGCGCGGCCGCACUUCUGCUCCUCUGCAGUUCACAGUCAGGGCAGGCGGAAAAUUUAUCCGGAACGGGGCACGAUCCAAACAGUUCACGAACUUGUGGGCUACACCUUAAGGUGCCACGAAAGUUGCUGACAUACACAUUCAGCAAUAUGGAGGCGUGGAUGGCCUCAGAUAGGAAUGAGGAGCUGUGCUAAUGAAGGUUAAAAGGGAGGCACCAGGAAUCUCCGCAUUGACGACUGCUUGGGGCCUUCGCCCCGAGGCUAUGCAAUUGGAGAGACGAAUCAAACGGGACACUGUGUGCUCCUCGAUCACAGCGUUGCUAUUACUCACAUGGAUUGGAUCCCAGAUACUGGACUUGCCCCCCACCCCUUCUGGCAGAACAAUAUGAAGAUUUCCAAAUCGUCGGUUACGAUACAGGCUUGAAAUCGUGACGGCGCCACACUCUUAGCGGUGACGGGGACGGCAGCAGGCUCUUGACGGUGACGGGGACGGCGCUAGGCUCUUGAC